ACAGAGGGAAGGAAAUAUGCGUGAAAGAAUGGUAACUGGUAAGAUAAGAUGUGGCCUGCCCUGCCCUUUCACGUGAGUGAGUCAUGCGUCAGCGUAAAGUUCCAGUACCAGUACCAGUACCAGUACCACUGUACCAGUACCGCUCGUGCAUUCUGGGGCUCACUGCUGCUCUAUUCAAACGUUUAGGACUAGUGUGUGUACCAAUUCAAAUUCAACUAAUACUCACUUUCGUCUUAAAUUUUCCAAAAAGGAUUAGAUAUGAUUUUUUUAAUCCCUGAUUUAUUAUAAAUUAUUGAUAUUCGUUUUUUCUUUUACUUUGGUUACUCUACUAUUGUUAAAAGGAGUGCUGAUAAGUAGAGAUUAGACAUUCAAUAAAUAUAAGCAUUAGCAGUAAUUUCUAACCGCUAUUAAUACUUGUGAUAGUUUAUAUUACGUGUUUAAAUCAAGAGUUGUGAUGCUUGAGUUACCAAUAAUGUAUUGGUCUGAGUGAAAUGAGCUCAAAUCUCUUAAUCAUGUAGUACUUAGUUCAAUUAUUGGAUUCACAUGCAUGAAAAAUACACAUUUGAAAUGGGCCUUAACUUUGUGUCUAACAGUACCUCGAGACAUUAGUGUAUUACCUAUUGAAUGGGAGGAUAAUGUGGAUAUCAAAAAGAAUCUAUCACUUAUUAUUUCUCUCUUCCAAUUUCUUUCUAGUGGUGGCCGAAACAAUGACUUAUGAUACUAUGUCGCUGCUGCUAUCUUCUAGUACCAUAAUUCAUUGUUUCGGUCACCUAUACCUUCCACUUCAACCGCCACCAUUAUCAUCACCAUUUGGCUCCUUCCAUCAUAUCCACUUGAAACACAUACCUUCCAAAAUAAAUAAUAAUUUCUUUUAUAGGCAAAUGUUAGUUGUUAAUAAUCUUAGUAAAUUAGUCUCUCCUCAAGAUUCGAACCCUAAACCCUUUACCCUUCAUCCGACCCUAUAUCCCUAACUCUUAUGUCCAAAAUAAAUAGUAGUAACUUCUUUCUUCUCACUUACUAUAACUUCUAUCUUUUUACUUUCUAUUCAAUCAACCAAUUUAGAGGGGAGAGUGUACACACUUUACAUCAUUCUUUCUUUCUUUUUUCUACCAUAGUAUCUUUCUCACAUGUUUCCGUCUUCUCAUUUUCUCCUCUAAUCCAAACACAGUUUAGAAAUGGUAAUUGUGGACACAAAAUAGUUGGACUUUUCUGAACCCAGGAUAUGAUAUAGAACAAGAAACAUCUUCUUCCCGUACACUGCAUUAACUACCUCCGUGAAAUAAAUAACACCACUGUAGUCGUUUUCUGAUGGACUACCGGAGCACCACCCUCUCCCAUGGCGGCAACAACCGCAAUUUGCUUCCAUCCCUCUUCUAUCCUUCACCGACCAGUUUUGCUUAAACAAAGAUACUUGAAAAAAAACACUACUUUAUUUGCUUCUGCUCGUAGUCAUAGCUUUUCUGCUUCAAGAUCAUUCCUUUCUGGCGAGUUUGUUCCAAAGAAACUCUCUUUAGGAAGAAACACAAACUGGGUAUCAAGCCCCAUGAAUGCUUCUGCUUCCAGAGAUGGAGGGAAUAGCGAUGAAAACAUUCAAGUGUUUGAACAAGAAGCUUUAAUUGAUGCUGGCUCAUCCAAGUUUUUAUCUCAGGAUAUGGAAUACAAGCUCAAUAGAUUGAGCAAGUGGAUAGUAGCUGCCCUCUUUGCUGGUUUAAUUCUUUGGAGGCAUGAUGUAGAAGCCUUAUGGUUUGGAGCUGGAUCUGUUUUAAAUGCUGUACUUUCAGUUUGGCUCAAACGUAUACUAAACCAGGAACGGCCCUCAACCGUAAAAUCUGACCCAGGGAUGCCGUCUUCACACGCACAAUCAAUAUUCUUUACUGUCAUCUUCGUCAUUUUGUCAAGUAUAGAAUGGCUUGGGCUAAAUGGAUUCACCAUUGCUAUCAGCGGAUUGGUCUUGGCAUUUGGUUCUUUUUUUUCGUACCUAAGGGUGUCGCAACAACUUCAUACAACAAGUCAAGUGCUUGUAGGAGGUGCUAUUGGAUCCAUUUACUCUAUUUUGUGGUAUUGGCUAUGGAAACAUUUUGUGCUGGAUGCAUUUAUAGCUUCUCUGUGGGUUAGAAUCAUUGUUGUUUUGGGCUCUGCAGGACUUUGCUUAGGUUUUGUUAUAUUUGCAUUUCGUCAUUGGCUUCGAAACGAAUAAACCGCCAACACAUGUUAUAACAUUAUAGUAUGCUUUUGCGGCUAUUGGCUAAUGACAUCUCAUCUUGUUUUAUGAUACCUAAAUGAUAUCAAAUGAGUGUUCAUCA